UAUGAUGGUGGUGGUUAGCUGCCGUUGAGUCAGCCCCCGGCUCAUGGUGCCACAAGCGUAACGGAAGGAAAUGUGUGUUGUGAGGAACAUAUACUGGCAGUCUACCAGACGAGAGAAGAAGGAUUUUUCCUUUAAGCAUGUAACUUCUUUUAGAUCCUUUCUCUGCUGCGAGAAUGUAAGAUGGAUCCGGAAGAGCAGGAACUAUUAAAUGACUACAGAUACAGAAAUUACUCCUCUGGGAUCGAGAAGGCUUUAAGGAAUUUUGAGUCGUCGAGCGAGUGGGCGGAUCUCAUCUCUUCCCUUGGCAAGCUCAACAAGGCCCUGCAGAGUAACCUGAAGUACUCCUUGUUGCCAAGGCGGCUCAUCAUCAGCAAGCGACUGGCCCAGUGCUUGCACCCGGCCUUGCCCAGCGGGGUGCACUUAAAAGCCCUAGAAACCUACGAGAUUAUCUUCAAAAUUGUCGGGACCAAAUGGCUGGCCAAAGAUUUGUUUCUCUACAGCUGUGGGCUCUUUCCCCUCCUGGCCAACGCCGCCAUGUCCGUGAGGCCAGUGCUCCUCGGCCUGUAUGAGAAGUACUUCCUCCCGCUGCAGAAGCUGCUCCUGCCCAGUCUGCAGGCCUUCAUCAUCGGCCUGCUGCCCGGCCUCGAGGAGGGCUCGGAGAUCUACGACAGGACAGACGCCUUGCUGCUGAGGCUGUCUGUGGUGGUCGGCCGGGAGGUGUUCUACGCCGCCCUCUGGGGGAGUGUCCUGGCCAGCCCGGCCGUGCGCCUCCCAGCCUCGCUCUUUGUUGUGGGCCACAUCAACCGCCAGGCGCCGGUCACGGAGCAGAGGUUCAUGCUGGGGACGGAUUACCAGCUUACGGUCAAAUCUUUAUGCGCCUCCCUGCUGGACUCAAAUGUCCUGGUGCAGAGGAAUCAUCUGGAAAUUGUCCUCUUCUUCUUCCCGUUCUACAGCUGCCUGGAUGCCGACGAGCGAGCCAUCCCGCUGCCCAGGUCUGACAUCGUGCAUAUUCUCUCAGCAGCCACCCAGACCCUCCUCAGGAGAGAGAUGUCCCUGAACAGAAGACUCUAUGCCUGGCUGCUAGGCUCAGACAUUAAAGGAAAUAACACUGUGCCGGAAUCGGAGACCUCACCUUCUUAUGAAGACCAGUCCUCUUAUUUUUUUGAGAAGUACUCCAAGGAUCUGUUAGUUGAGAGCUUGGUUGAAAUAUUGCACCAGAACUUCACAGGUGUUGACGUGGAGGAACGCCAUCAUGCUUACCUGAAACCGUUCCGCAUCCUCGUCAGCCUGCUGGACAAGCCGGAAAUAGGGCCGCAGGUGGUUGAGAAUUUAUUUCUGGAAGUGAUCAGGGCCUUUUAUGCAUACUGCAGAGACGCCCUGGGCUCUGAUCUUCAACUGAGCUACACUCAGAGUGGAAACUCACUGAUAAGCUCAAUAAAAGAAAAUCGGAAUGCCUCUGAGAUUGUUAAGACAGUGAAUUUACUGAUCACUUCCCUGAGCACGGACUUUCUCUGGGAUUACAUGAUGCGGUGUUUUGAGGAUUGCUUUAGGCCAGCGAAGCAGGGUGCCUCUGCCGGUAACAGCCUCAGCCCAGCACCCACGGCCGCGGAGCUCUGUACCCUCCUUGUCUUCCUGCUGGACGUUAUCCCUUUGGAGCUUUACUCCGAGGUGCAGACCCAGUAUCUCCCGCAGGUGCUCAGCUGCAUGGUGCAGCCCCUGGCCGAGGACGUGGCGGCUCUGAGUUUACCUGAGCUCACUCAGGCCUUAAAGACGUGCUUCAAAGUGCUCAGCAAAGUCCAGAUGCCACCUUCCUACCUGGACACAGAACCAGCCAGCGAGAGCUCGAGUCCGGUGAAAGGCGACAACGAGGAGAUCAUUUUGGACACCCAGGCUGUGAUUCCAGGCGACGAGGACACGCCGCCGUUUCCACCACUGAAGUCCGAGGACAGUGGGAUCGGGCUGAGCGCCUCGUCGCCGGAGCUCUCGGAGCACCUGCGCGUCCCCCGGGUCUCCCCAGGGAGGGACGACGUGUGGAAACAGGGUGGGAGCAUGCAGCAGACCUUCCACCGCAUCCAGGAGCUCAUCGCCAACUUUGCCAACAAGCACAUUUUUGGCGUCCCCCUCCCAGCCUCUGGAGAAGAAGGCAAGUCAGAAGAGCCGGAAGGCAAGAGGGACAAGAGCGGGGCCCGGGACACCAUCUUCGGGGACGCCAGCAGGAAGAACUCGUGGGACGCCAAGGCCAUCACCGUGCCCCAGUUCAAGCAGAUGCUUGCAGACUUGUUCACGGUCCGAGGUUCUCCGUUCAAGACAAAAAGUCUGGCAUCGCCGUCGUCUUUGUCCAGUAGCCCUGGCAGGAGGAAGGAGGGAGAGUGGGAUGUUGCCCAGGUGGUCAUUGACCUGGAGGGCUCUCAGGAAGAGUGCAGGGAGGCCUUCGCCGCCGCCUGCCACCUGCUGCUGGACUGUGCCACCUUCCCCGUCUACCUGUCCGAGGAGGAGCUGGAGCAGGUUUGCCAGACACUCUUCCAGCCUCUCGGAGAGUGCGACUCCAGCUUCCCACCAUGGCUGAAGGCCCUCAUGACGAUUGGCUGCUGCGUGACCGACUGCUACCUGCAGAACGUGGCCAUCUCCACGCUGCUGGAGGUGAUCAACCACUCCCAGUCCCUAGCCCUCGUGAUCCAGGACAAGAUGAAACGCUAUAAAACCUCUGGACACAACCCGUUUUUCGGCAAGCUGCAGAUGGUUACUGUCCCUCCGAUUGCUCCAGGGAUCUUGAAAGUCGUGGCGGAGAAAACAGACUUCUACCAGAGGGUGGCCCGUGUGCUUUGGGGCCAGCUGAAUAAAGAGACCCGGGAACACCACAUCACCUGUGUAGAGCUGUUCUACCGGCUGCACUGCCUGGCUCCGACAGCCAACGUCUGCGAGGACAUCAUCUGCCACGCCCUCUUGGACCCGGACAAGGGGACACGGUUGGAAGCGCUCUUCAGGUUUUCCGUGAUCUGGCACCUGACGAGAGAGAUCCAGGGCAGCCGAGUCACAUCUCACAAUCGCUCCUUCGAUAGGUCCUUGUUUGUCGUGCUGGACAGCCUGGCCUGCUCAGAUGGCGCCAUUGGCGCAGCAGCCCAGGGCUGGCUGGUGCGGGCACUCUCCCUUGGGGACGUGGCACGUAUCCUUGAGCCGGUGCUCCUGCUGCUGCUCCAGCCCAAGACCCAGAGGACCUCUAUCCACUGCCUCAAGCAGGAGAACUCAACAGAGGACCUGCACCGCUGGUUCCACAGGAAGAACAGCUCCUUCAAGGACACCUGCCUUGAAGAGGCCCCUGGGCUUCUGGAAGGUGACGCCGAGGAGAGCCUGCCCCUGAGUCAGUUCACCACCGUGGACCGCGAGGCCAUCUGGGCGGAGGUGGAGAAGGAGCCCGAGAAGCGCCCGCCGCCCUGUGAGCUGACAGAGGACGACCUCCCGUACUACGUGGAGCUGCCCGAUGGGUCAACCGCGCCCGGUGCCCGGGACAGCAGCGAGCACACGGAGUCCGCAGACACGAGUUUGGGCCACACGGACAGCGAGAACACGUCUUCCUUCUCAUCCCCGUCCCAUGACCCACGAGACCUGAGCAGCGAUGAGAACUGCUGUGCCCCUCUCCCCGCGGUCGGCAGGGCCUACGCCAAGCGCUCGGGCCCGCUGGCCGCCUUCCAGUUGGAGCACUCGAAGCCCAGUGCCAAGUUGGGCCUGGUGCGCGCGGACUCGGACAAGACGCAGGCCUCCGAGUCGCUGUCCAGCGACGAGGAAGCCGACCUGGAGCUUCAGGCGCUCACCACGUCCCGGCUGCUGAAGCAGCAGCGGGCGCGGCAGGAGACGCUGGAGGCGCUGUUCAAGCACAUCCUGCUCUACUUGCAGCCCUACGACUCCCGGCGGGUCCUCUACGCCUUCUCCGUGCUGGAGGCCGUGCUCAAGACCAACCCCAAGGAGUUCAUCGAGGCAGUGUCCAGGACCAGCAUGGACACCAGCUCCACCGCGCACCUGAACCUCAUCUCCAACCUCCUCGCCCGCCACCAGGAGGCCCUCGUGGGCCAGAGUUUCUACGGGAAGCUGCAGACGCAGUCCCCCAACGUGUGCCCGCACUCCCUGUUGAUCGAGAUCCUCACCUACCUGUGCCUGAGCUUCCUGCGCUCCUACUACCCCUGCUACCUGAAGGUCUCCCACCGAGACAUCCUGGGCAACCGGGACGUGCAGGUCAAAAGCGUGGAGGUUCUCAUCCGAGUGAUGGCGCAGCUGGUCUCCACGGCCAAGUCUUCGGAAGGGAAGAACGUGGACUUCAUCCACAGCCUGCUGCAGAGGUGCAAAGUGCAGGAGUUUGUGCUGCUCUCCCUCUCCGCGUCCAUGUACACGAGCCAGAAGCGCUACGGGCUGGCCACCUGCGAGCGUGGCCGGGCGCAGCCGGCGGACAACCUCUUGGAGGAGAGCCUCAUCAACCUGGGCCAGGACCAGAUCUGGAGCGAGCAUCCAUUGCAGAUCGAGCUGCUCAAGCUCCUGCAGGUGCUGAUCGUCCUGGAGCACCACCUGGGCCAGGCCCAAGAGGAGGCCGAGAGCCAGCCCGAGCUGUCCCGAGAGUGGCGGCGGGCCCUCAGCUUCCAGCAGGCCAUCAGUGCCCUGCAGUACGUGCAGCCACACCCCCUCACCUCACAGGGCCUGCUGGUCUCGGCCGUGGUGCGGGGCCUGCAGCCUGCCUACGGCUACGGCAUGCACCCAGCCUGGGUCAGCUUGGUCACGCAUUCCCUGCCAUACUUCGGGAAGUCCCUGGGCUGGACAGUGGCACCCUUCAUGGUGCAGAUUUGCAAGAACUUGGAUGAGCUGGUCAAGCAGUAUGAAAGCGAAUCUGUGAAGCUCACUGUCAGCACAACCUCCAAGAGGGAAAACAUGUCUCCGGAUUACCCGCUGACUCUCUUGGAAGGUCUCACCACCAUCGGUCACUUCUGCCUUCUGGAACAACCCAGCCAAAGCAAAAAGAGCACUGCAGCAGGUGACCUCACCAGCCUGAGGAACGCCAAGAACGCCAUCCUGGAAGAGCUGCCGAGAAUCGUCAACACCAUGGCCCUGCUCUGGAACGUGCUCAGGAAGGAAGAGGCUCAGAAGAGACCCGUUGACCUCCUCGGGGCCACCAAAGGCUCCUCCUCCGUGUACUUUAAAACCACCAAAACCAUAAGACAAAAGAUUUUAGACUUCCUGAAUCCCCUGGCUGCCCACCUUGGGGUUCAGCUAAUAGCAGCUGUCGCAGCGGUGUGGAGCAGGAAGAAAGUGAAACGCCACAGUAAAAUGAAGAUCGUUCCUGUGGCCAGUGCCUCCCAGCUCACCCUGGUGGACUUGGUUUGUGCGCUCAGCACUCUGAAGACUGACACGGUGUUGCACCUGGUGAAGGAAGUGGUCAAGAAGCCACCGCAAAUUAAAGGGGACGAGAAAUCGCCCCUCGUGGAUAUUCCUGUGCUGCAGUUUAGCUACGCGUUCAUCCAAAGGCUCCCAAUACCAGCCCUGCAAGAGAACUUCCCUUCAUUGUUGGGAGUAUUAAAGGACUCUGUGCAGCUGAAUCUAGCUCCACCUGGGUAUUUCCUGCUCCUCAGCAUGCUGAAUGACUUCGUAUCAAGAACUCCCAGCCUGGAAAGCAAGAAGUACCAAAAAGACCUGCAGGAAGUCACGCAAAAAAUCCUCGAAGCAGUGGGGAACAUUGCUGGCUCUUCCCUGGAACAAACUAGCUGGCUCAGCAGAAAUCUGGAGGUGAAGGCCCAGCCUCAGAUCGCCCUGGAAGAAUCUGAUGCUGAGGAAGAUGUGUGUGCGGAAGCGGCUGCAGCUUCUUCGAUGGUGUCUGCAUCUGCCCCUUCAGUGUACAGCGUGCAAGCCCUGUCUCUCCUGGCAGAGGUCCUGGCAUCGCUCCUGGACAUGGUAUAUCGAAGUGACGAGAAGGAGAAGGCCGUGCCCUUAAUCUCAAGAUUGCUGUACUAUGUCUUCCCUUACCUGCGCAACCACAGUGCCUACAACGCUCCCAGUUUCCGCGCUGGAGCUCAGCUGCUAAGCGAUCUGAGCGGUUACUCCUACACGAAGCGGGCCUGGAAGAAAGAAGUCCUGGAAUUGUUCCUGGACCCAGCCUUCUUCCAGAUGGACACCUCCUGUGUUCAUUGGAGGGCCAUUAUCGACCAUCUUCUGGCUCACGAGAGAACCAUGUUUAAAGAUUUAAUGAACAUGCAGAGCAGUUCGCUGAAGCUGUUCUCCAGCUUUGAGCAGAAAGCCAUGCUGUUAAAGCGCCAGGCUUUUGCCGUCUUCAGUGGGGAAUUUGACCAGUAUCACCCUUACCUCCCACUGAUACAAGAACGCCUGACAGACAAUCUCAGAGUUGGACAGACAUCCACAGUGGCUGCUCAGAUGUUUCUUUUUUUCAGAGUUUUGCUGCUAAGAAUUUCUCCUCAACAUUUGACUUCAUUGUGGCCUAUAAUGGUCUCUGAAUUGAUUCAGACGUUCACGCAGCUUCAGGAAGAUCUGAAAGAGGAAGAUGACUCACUGAGAAACAGCAGCAAAACAAGCAGAGCAAAAGCUUCCGUCCCCGAUGGAAAUGGACCUUCAAAGGGAGAGAUAGCCCACAGUGAACUCGCCUUGUAUUUCUCAGCUUGCAAAUUCCUGGACACGGCUCUCUCUUUCCCGCCGGAUAAAAUGCCAUUAUUUCAAAUUUAUAGGUGGGCAUUCGUUCCCGAGGUGGACACAGAGGGUCCUGCCUUCCUAUCAGAUCUCCAGGAGAGUCACCAAGAAUGCAAACCUCACACUGUCCGGAUUCUAGACCUCCUAAAGUUAAAAUAUGGGGAAAUUAGCAGCUCCGAUGAAAUAACUGUGAAGACUGAAUUUCCUCUGCUGCGCCAGCAUUCCGUGUCCAGCGUGAGGCAGCUGAUGCCGUUCUUCAAGACUCUAAAUUGUGUCUUUAAAACCCAAAGUAAACGUUGUGCUGAGCCCCCUGGCCCUCCGUUCUUAGAGGAACCUGUCACAGAGAACCCAGGCGUCUUGGAACAGCUGGAAGAAAGUGUUGAACAUGAUUUUUUGGAGCAUCUGGAGUGCUAGCCCUGCGUGACAGGAGGUGUGGAGCCCUUUUAUGGGCACAUCGUGAAAACCAGAAAAGACUCCAAACCAGAGAGGAGCCUGAAAAAGCACUUUUAACCGGGCCUGGGCCCGUCCAGUAAUUGUCUGGUGAUUGGCAACAAAACUCACCUCCCUAAAUGCCUUGUAAUAUAUUUGGACCUGAUUGUAUGUUUUGUCCUCGAUUUAUGUAAUGAAAAUAAAAUUAACAUAACAUCUAA